AUGGGUGCCGAGAAGAUGGAGCUUCCAUUGAAGGGAAUCCUGCUCUUGCUUCUGCUCUCAGGAUUUGACUUCAUUGCAACCCAGGAGCCUCCCGCCUGCCCAGAACCCAAAGCUCUGGAUACCAGCGAAAUGAUUGUUCUGCAGGGCUGCCCAGGACCCGCAGGGGCAGCUGGAAGCCCCGGUGAAAAGGGGGCACCAGGCUCUAGAGGACUGCCGGGGUCACCAGGGAAAGUCGGACCCAAGGGGGAGCCUGGAGAUGCAAUGGACAUGUUGAAGCAGUGCCAAGCAGGACCCCAGGACUGCAGAGAGCUACAGAGUUGAGGAGCCUCCCUGAGCAGCUGGUACCGGGUGUGCCUACCCAAUGGCAAGGUCUUGCCUGUCUUCUGUGACAUGACCUCUGCUGAGGGGGGCUGGCUGGUGUUCCAGAGAUGUCAGGAUGGCUCUGUAGAUUUCUACUGACCCUGGGCAGCAUCCUACAAAGCCAGUUUUGGGAGCCAGGAGUCCGAGUUCUGGCGUGGAAAUGAAAACCUGUAUCAUCUUACCCAUGGAGCACCCAAGGAACUCUGAGUGGAACUGGAACACUUCAAUGGUACCCGAAUCUUCGCCCACUACCAGGGCUUCAGGAUCCUGAGCGAGGCUGACAAAUACCAGCUGGUUCUUGACAAGUUCCUGGAGGGCACUGCGGGGGAUGCCUUGACUUUUCAUAAUAGACAUUCCUUCUCCACCUAUGAUGCUGAUAGUGACACCAGCAAGGGGAAUUGUGCAGUCACUGUGGCGGCGGCCUGGUGGUACGCCAACUGCUAUAAAUCCAACCUCAAUGGGCGCUCAAGUACCGAGGCUGGGGCACACAAGUAUGGCAUUGCCUGGGACACGGGGCUGGGAGUGGGCCACCCCUACCGUAGAACCAUAAUGAUGCUCCGUUAG